CAACAAUUUCGCCUCCUCCUCCUCACUAACAAAACACUCAAUUAUUGUCAAACCCGGCGGGUGGCGCCCCCAAACUUUUUCCUCCGGUAUCUCCGGAAAAGCCUCAACGAAACUCAAAAAAAUCGGCUUUCCGUCUUGCGCUAUAUUCAGAUUACCGUUAACAACCUCAAAUGCCGCUGAGGCACUUGAGAUGUCUUUGUAACUCAGAAAUGCGCAUGAUUUUCCCGGAAUUAGUAAAAUGCGAUCAAGGGGGCCAUAUUUCUGGAAGUGUUCUACGAUUGUUUCCUCAGUUAAGCCAUUAAUUUGGCCGGUAUUGCAAAUUGCAAGGUUCUAAAAAAUUGAGGUUAAGUAAUUAUUUUUUCGACGUUAUUGUUUACCCGAGUGGGGUUCUCGGAACAGGUGACCCCAGUUUCCUUACUAACUGUGUGUUGGUGUUUUCGUAGUUUUCUAAUGAGCUUUUUGCGAGAAUUGUUGGAUUCCAUUUUUGGAGCAAAGUGAGGUUAAGGUGUAUUAAAAUUUCAAGGAUCUUGCCCUAACAUAUUAUAGUAAUACUGAUAAAAUUUUAAAGAUUGUCCUGUGUUAAAUCACAAUAUCUUUAUCUUAUUGAUGUGUUUUAUUUAUUAUUAAUUAAAUAUUUAAGCAUGGUUUGGGUUUUGCAAUGCUAUUAGCACUAGUGUUUUCUUGGUUGCAUACGUUCAAUUUUAAAUUGUUAAUUAUAACAAAAAAGGAAUUUUGUUUAUAACGAUUUUUUUUAAUAUGGAAAACUUUUUUUAGCACAAAAAUUUUUUUAGCACCAAUUCCUCAACCAUUUACUACCCUUUUUGUGGUUUUGUGUUGAGUUUAUUAACUCUGACUGUUGAUCAUUUGAAUUAAUUGCUAUUCAAGAAGGUGGUACUUGCCCGCAUAACAUUUAACUAAUUCAGAGUUAUUUACAUUUAUUUUAACAAUCUAAUAUGUAGAUACGUGUCUACAUUUCUAUUUAUACACAUCGCUUUUGAUUUUUUUUGUAUUGAAAAUUGGAGAAUAACAGCCCCCCAAUUACGUAAAGGUGGCAACAGGCUGGAAAUUAAUAACCCCCUUGUAAACGGCCAUUUAUAAGCAAUCUGCGUGGGGCACCGCCGAAGCAAAAUCAUCUGCCUCGGCACCUAAUCAAGUUAAUUAUCCAGGUGGUCUUGGGCUAUUGUUACCUCUGACCGAUCUUCGGCUCAUCUGCCCGAUUUUGGCGACGCCGUGACCAGCUGAACGUAAAAAAGUGAUGAUUCUAGAACUCCGCCCUGGCCAGGUGUAUGCGGGUGAACGCUACUGAUAGUGUAAUAAUGAUAGAAUCAAGGGUUAGUACCAUCGUGGCUAAGACACGCGAAAGCACGCGAAAGAUGAACAAUGUCAGCCCCGGCGACAGCCCCCGUAUCAUCUUGCAUGUAUUCACAGUGGAUGAUCAACGAAAAAUAUCAGGUUACGGCGCCGGAGGAAGACAAAAGGACUAAGGAAGACACGAAGAGAUAUAAACACGUGCCCCAUAAGGACAAACCGGCGCAAGUUGUCGCCAAGAGGAACGCCAGGGAACGACGGAGGGUGCAAGCGGUCAACACGGCCUUUGCGAGGCUGAGGAAGGCGGUCCCGUUGGAGAAUGCAAGGGGAAAGAGGGUCAGUAAAGUGAAGACGCUGCAACAGGCCAUCGAGUACAUCCAAGCCUUGGUCCAAUUACUGGAACAAGACCGGAACUACCACGUGAUUUCCCACUACUACUCCCACAAGUUCGACGAGGAUUUCUUCAAUUAUAAUUUUUCCGAUGAGUUAUGAAUGCCUUAUCAAUAAUGAUUGUCUCUAGUCAAA